AUGCCUGACACGCCGUUACACCUCUUUGGUGGUGCGAUUACAGCAGUUGCUCCAUCUAAUCUGCUCGAUGCUUCAGAAAUCCGACAAGUCCCCGAUACCCAGGAGGUGCUAUUAUUCCCAGACUCGAGCAUCAGCAUCAUCGUAGAAAUCCUUCAGAGAGUUGAGCCAAAUGAUAACCAAGACGCAAUUAAGUUUCAUUUCGACUCAUUAGCUCACGAUAACGAUGCUGUGACGAGUGAAGUCGUUUCCGUGAACGUCAUUCCCAACGACAGAGGAGAUGCCACACCAUCUAUUAUCACACUCUCAGGGGUUCAACGAGUCCCAAAAUUCAACAAGACAAAUCCUGAUGAAGUUCGGGUCCUCAUGGCUCUAUACCGGGUCGUGAGCAAUGGCAUUGAUUUAGUUGUUACGUUCAAUAUUCCAGUCAUAUCGGAGGACGGUGGAGCAGUGCAAGGAGAAAAUUUGAACCAGGCGCAGGCACAGUUUGACCUCUUUUCUCGAUCUUUGCGUAUCGAAGACUUUGGUGUCUUUGCCUAG